GACAGCAAAACGCUCUCACUUCUUCACUGUCCCGAUCUCUCUCCCCUACCACGCCAUGCGAGCGUCUCAGACCCAAGCAGCGCAGCCCCUGCCGCUGCCGCUGCCGCCUCCGCCGCUCUCGCUGCCGUCGCCGCCCGCCGCCCCACGCCGAGGGCGCCACCGCACGUCCGCCUCCUCUUCGUCGUCCUCCUCUUCCUCCGUCUCCACCGCCUCGUUCUCCUCCCCGUCGCCGUCGCCCGCCCCGUCCCCGCGCGCCAGCACCUCCAUCGUCGUCCCCUUCUCGUGGGAGCGCCACCCAGGCGUCCCCAAGAACUCGUUCCGCGGUGGCCUCGCCUCCCCCGAAGACGACGCGCCCCUCCCGCUCCCGCCGCCGCUCCGGCCGCCCCCUCGCCGCCGGCGCGCCAACGUCAGCGUCCCUUCUGCAUCCUCCCAUCGCGGCGCCAACAGCGACCCCUUCGUCGCCGCUUUCGCCGAGUGCACCAGAGACGACGACGGCACAGCACACGGCGCCGAUACCGACGUCGCGGACAGGCUCUGGUUGGCACCAAAGCCAGCUACAGUGUCCGGUCGCGCCGAGCGCCGGUGGUGGCUCACUGGCGGCGGGUUCGUCGGCUUCCUCGACCUGUACGGGUGCAAGAGCGCCAUGGACGUUGCGGGCGGUGCCUUCCUUGCCGGUCGCCGGCCCGUCGGCGCACAUCCCAGGCUGGGCCGGGCUGCCCGAAGAUAAGUAACAGUUGUGUUAAUUUGAGGAAAUCUUAUUAAGUUGUGUACAUAUAGAAGAACUAAAAUGGAUCGUUUAUUCCUCUGCCGCCAUUGGAGGCGUUAAGUUGGCGCCAAGUUCAUAGUUGUUUGGAUCACCUCGAUCGUCUGAUCGAGCAGUGUUCUCUUACUGAUCAGACGAGCGAGGUGCUACGACGAACAACAUCUGCCGUUGCUUCGACGGAGGCAACGAUGAAGCCAAGAAACUAUGACUGGUGUCGUUAUCGAUCUAAGUUUCCUUUCUUUGAGUGUGUUUCUCUAAUUUGAGUUGUGUGCUUGAUGAGUGAUCGACCUAGCUACAUGUAUUUUGCAAGGAUCACUGAGAGCGAUACUACUACUGCGAGUAAUGUUUGCUAGCUCAUCUUGAGAUUUAUUUGCACAGUCUAGUUUGUUAGUAAUUCGUGGGGAGAUCGAUCGACAUGUUUAUGAAGUUGGUGUGCUAUCUACCACAUUGUAUGCCUUCCAUUGGUGAGGGUGGGCUGGCUGCUCCUUAAACUAGCACCGAACCUCAUGACCAAGGCCAACAUGCAUGCACAAGUUAACACGAGCUGGCAUUGUAGAAAAGAAUGUAAUAAUGCUGUCCCUACCGGCCACUUAUAAUCGGUGCUACAUACAUGUCACACAUUACUCAGCAAAUUGAUGUGUACUGUACCAUGAUGUUGCUCUCACU